CAGUGUGUCCGCUUGCUUUGUUCCGUGCAACUCUUUGGGAAACUUGUGUUGAAUUGUGUUCAUCAUGACGCCGCCGCUCAAUGUCGAUAAAUUCAUUGACGACAUCAAGAAUCGACCCGUGCUCUGGCAUCGUGACUAUCCCACCGUGAAGAAGCAUCUGCAGGACGCCUGGACGGACAUAUCGAUCUGCCACGGCAUUCCACAACGCCUGCUCAAGACCAAGUGGAAGACGCUGCGCGACACUUUCCGCGUGGAGAUGAAGAAGAUCCCCAAGGAUGCCAACGGAGAGUACACCAUCCCGCCGACUAGCUACCACUCGCAGUGGGUUCACUACAAGCAGAUGAGCUUCCUGGCCGGUCAGAUGCGCGGUCGCACGUCGAACGCACAAGAGGACGCCGACCACGUAGGCUACAUCACGGCGGACAGUGGCGAGGACUAUGCGGAGUACAAUGGUGGCUUUGAGGACUCCAAGGAGCUGCUGAGGCAGCAACUGGAGGAACAGCGUCAGCGCAAGCAGCCGCCGCUCAAGCCUAGGCCGACUGCGAAGAAACCAAACUACCCAGCGCCAUCUAGGACGUCAGUGAGGCCCAAGCCGAAACCACCAAGUCCGAAGCCAAUCAUCACCACGACGACCACUGAGACAAUGAUUGCGUCGCCGAAGCUUCACAACGACGAGGAGAGCCAGGGAUCUUCCAUAACAAUGCCUCAGGAUGAUGACUACUACUUCCUCAUGAGUCUCCAUCCGUACCUGUCCCAGAUGCGUCCGGUGCAGAAGUUGCAAGCGAGAAUGGAGAUCCAGAAUGUCCUCUUCAAGAGACUCUACAGCCAGGGAGAUCUUUGAAUCCAAUAGUUCAAGCCUAGAUUACUCGUUAGAUUAUAACUUUCGUAGGCUAUUAGUCGUCCUUCACAUAGUUUUUGACGUCCUGUAAUUUUUCUAGUGAUUCUUUCCCAAACUUUCGUCUUGCAAAACAGACUUCAGUUACCGGAAUAACUCGUACUUGACUUUGUUUAGAUAACAUACUGAACUUUUCUUCGACUUUGCAAACCAUGGAAUCAUGUCACAUUGGCGAGUUAAAGCCAAAACUAUAUGGAAAGUCUAAAAAUACACACAGUGAAUUGGUUGCGAAGAUGUGGUUUCGCCUAUUGUCAAUCGCGUGCGCUUCGGAACAUCGCGCAUAGUUUGUACUGAGUGAAGUUUUGUUCAAUUUGCAUUGGAGGAAUAUAAAGUGA